AUGCCUUCAUCAUCCAAAGAAUUAACGAAAGAGGAGGAGGAGGGGAUACGUGAGGAAAUCGCUGAGCUAGAAAACGAACUUGGCGGGAAGGAUCCCGACGCGGCCAUUAAGGAGCAUAUAGCCCUUUUGCAUCAGUAUAACGAGCUAAAAGAUGCUACCCAAAUUAUGAUAGGAAAAAUGGCCACGAUGAAAGACACAACCGUCCGCAAGUUGCACGAGGACUACGGGCUGACUUCUGAUGACUGA